CGGCGGCGCUGGCGAGCGCGGCGAGCCCGGGCCGGGGGAUGUGAGCCCCCAUGGGCGCCGGCUGGCCGCGGCGGGGGGCGGCCUGGCUGCCGGUGCUCCCGCUGGUCCCGCUGCUCCUGCCGCUCCUGCCGCCGCCCCCCGCGGCGCACGCAGGAGAGUUGUAUUGUUCUUUGCCCGACCCUAGGAAUGUCCAUUUUGAAUCUAUAAACAUGAAGAAUGUCCUUCACUGGUCGGCACCAGAAGGCACAGGAGAUGGAGUACUCUACAAGGUGAAGUAUUCAGUAUAUGGUGUUGGCAAAUGGAUUAGAAAGCCAGAAUGCAGGAAUAUUAACAGAACAUGGUGUGACCUCUCCAGUGAGACCUCUGACUAUGAAGAACAAUACUACGCGAGCGUUAAAGCCUUCCUAAAUGGGAUGUGCUCUGACUGGAUGGAGACCACACGAUUCAACCCUCUUACAGACACUAAAAUUGAUCCACCCAUGGUAAGUGUGUCUUCUACUGAGAAAUCUAUUUCAAUCAUUCUGACUGCUCCUGAGAAGUGGAAGAGAAGUCCUGAGGAAGAAUCCAUAUCUCUGCUUCAGGUGUAUCCUGGCCUGCAAUACAACGUGUCUGUCCUCAACAAAAAAACAAAGAAGCGGUGGUGGUUCUCCAUCAGCAACAACACCUUGGUUGUGCCCUGGUUAGAACCUGGAACAACUUAUUGUGUCAGUGCACAGAUACGUGUCAGCACACCACUUUUGUACAGUGGGUUCUCCAAAGAAUAUUGCAUUGCUACAUUGAAAGAUAAAACAGCAGAUGAGGCUAUAACAGUCACAUUUGGAUGUGUUCUGCCUGUCAUGCUGGCUGUCCUUUUUAUUUCAAUGACAUGCUAUUGUGUGCACAGGUAUAUUCAUGUCAGCAAACAGAAACAUCCAACAAACCUGGUAUGGCACUACACUGACAAAUGCAAAGAAAGGGUUUUCAUACCAUGUGAAAAAAUAGUGGUCAACCUUAUCAGUGUUAACGUGGAUGAGUACAAGCCGUCUCAGGAAUCCAAUCGUCUAUCGGGAGGGAAAAGUCCCUGUUACUACACCAUUUACAAUGGCACCGAAGGGAAGGAUUUGCCUUCAAAAGAAGUGCCGGAAACAAAACACUUGCUUGAUAUUUCACAUGAAGAUAUUUCACACAAAGAGGAAGGGGACAAAACUGGGAACUGGCCAUCUUAUGGCCAGCCUAGAACAAACAAUACCUUCAGACAGAAAAAUGCAGGGACUGUAGAGUAUGAACAUGAUGUAAGGGCUGAAGACUUCACUCCCAGUCAGAAACUAGAAGAGAAAACUUCUGGCCCCAGGGGACUACCAGGUGAGCCACAGAUUGCUUUGGGGGACUUGGGUAAUAAGAAAACAGGACAGCCGUAUUGCCCCCAACUACUGGUUAGGGCAGCAGACCCUUGUUUGGGACAGAAAAUAGAGGAACUUAAUUUGAAGAUGGUUGACGCAGCAGAUGAAUUGCCGAGUGAGACCCAUAUCAGCUUGGUGGACUUAGACACUGAAAAAUCUGGGCAGACAUCCUACCCUCAGCUGGAAAAAAUAGCACAGGGUCUCACAGAGAAAGAGGGUGAACAGACCAUAGUAGUAGAUUGGGAUCCCCAUACUGGAAGACUGUAUAUUCCUACCUUGUCCAGUGUUGAAAAUCAGGUGUGUGAAAGAGUAUUCAAGUGUGAUGAUCCUGACAAAGAGGGAAUUUUGUCCAGACUGUAUGAGAAAAAGGUAUCUGAUGAAUCAUCAGAGGACCAAGAAACAUACCUCCUGCAGUUCAAGGAGCAAUGGGGACUGCAUGUAGAAAUGGAAGAGUGAACAAUAAUUUUCUAAAAUAUUCUAAAAUGCAAAAUCUUGUUUACUUUGCCAAAGAGAGUGGUAGACUCAGUGGAGCAAACACAUCUUAAUGUAUUGAAGUUUUCGGGAAGGUAACGGUUGAACAACUUAUUCAUAUGUUAUUUGUAACAGUUUCCAGACAUGAUGUAAGUGAUUUUGACCUCCAUCAUAAACGUCUCAGGUAAAAUAUGAUGGUUAUGAGAUUAUCUUCUUUUUAAAAAAAGAUAUAUUUUUACACAGGGUGCUGUUAGGAUUUUCACAUUGUAAUCCUACCAAAACAAGUUAUCAGCAUUUGAAGACAGUUAUUUUUAGCAAAUAAAAAGCAACAAUAUGAUA